CAAAGUCCAUCGUCUGUGGACAGAUGGAGACGCUAACAGCCCUGAGUACUUCCUUGUUGAAAAUCGACAAACAAGCGGAAGUGAUGAAUUCCUCCCAGGCAGAGGUCUUCUCAUCUGGCACAUUGAUGACCGAAUGGGAUCUAAUUCUGAUGGGAAUCAUCCUUGGGUCAAGCUCAUGCAAGCUGACGGUCUCGACCAACUAAAGCAAAACUUCGGCAGAGGUGAUGACAGGGACAGCUACCCUGGAUUGACCGACAACCAUAAACUCAGCACUCUCCCGAAUCCGAACAGUAAGUCUUAUGGAGGAGACGACACAUGUUUCCGUUACGAACAUACCUGUCUCGUCUCCGACCAUGACCUUUGACAUCACUGUCAAGAAGGGCGACCAGCCACCAACUGGCAGGUUCGACCCCAAGAUGUGGUAUCGCUUGAAGAACACAUACCAACCAGCGACGCAUUGCCUUGACGUCGUCAAUGAUGAUGGCACGAACAGCAAAGGCCUCCUCGAGAUGGCGGCUGCUGGGAAGUUCUCCGGUCAGUACUGGCAAUUGAAGCCCAAUGGUGAUGGAACCUAUUUCCUGCGAACAUUGUUCCUGGGCCCUAAUCGUCGACUUGGUGUGCAGAGUGACAAGAAGACGCCGGUAUUGGAAUCCGCGAACGAUUCUGCGAAGGCCCAGUACUGGACCAUUGGACAGUGGGACCACCCGCAGGAUGGGACGUGGCAUCUUGAGGUAAGACACCGAUGGUAACUGCUUUGCACUUGCUGACAAUGAUGCUCAGAACGGGUGGACUGAGAAGUCUCAGUAUCUCGACACGAUCGAGGGUAGGCCAAAAGUCUCGAUGAAUCAAGCGAAUACAGGCCGCCCGACUCAGAGGUGGACGAUUGAGCCGAUUCGAGAGCGCGAUAUCACAGAGCCCGGCCUUUGGUCAGCUGAAUGUUCGUAGUUUGC